CUCUGUGUAAAGUAAAUGGCUUUUAAUUACCAAUUCCAGACCAAGCUACCCCCUGAUGCUUUGCAUUAUACCAAGAUUAACUGGUAUUAUGUAGUUGCCAGGAAAAUCUAUUAUUCCUUACAAACACCCCACAGCUAUUGUGAUGACUGCGUCAGCUCAGUGGAUGUGAGCAAGGUCAAUCAUGUCAUCACUGCAGAUCUAAAGUUCCCUGCACACCAGUUCUGGAAGAACCGGCGGCUCAAGCAAGCGAAAGAAGAAGCUCAGGCUGAAAUUGAGCAGUAUCGCCUGCAGAGGGAGAAGGAAUUCAAGGCGAAGGAAGAAGCGGCUCUCGGUUCCCACGGCAGUUCCACCACAGAGGUGGAAAAGGAGACCCAGGAGAAGAUGAUGGUUCUGAACAGCAACUUCCAGAAGAACCGGGAGGAGGUGCUGACGACCCUCCUGAACUUAGUCUGUGACAUCAAGCCGGAAAUCCACAUGAACUACCGCAUCAACGGGUAGAGGAAGGUUUUGGCCUUCUGGAAGUGUUAAGCAAUACCGGAUCUUCCUUGGCCCCUUCUUCUGUCAACGUUUCAAACUUAUGUCCAAGACUUGUAGGUGACUCUUCCUGCUGUUGGAUUUUUUUUUGCGUAGCUUGUUCCAAUACAUUAGUUCGUUGUCCGGAAAGUGUAUUUAUGGUACAGGGGUUCAAGAGAGAAAGUGAAUACUGGAUUAUUUGUGAAAGGUUUGGAAUGGACCUUUCCACAGUAUUUGGAGGUCAAGAUGAGUGGGAAGGGUCAGUCCGGCUGUUGUAUUAUAUACCUCUUAAACUUAGAAUGUGUGAAUUGGGUCCAUUUUAGCCUCCACUUCACCCGAAACAUAAGUGUAGAGGUCAAAAUCGUGAAUGUUAAGUCAGAAUGACCAACUGGACUCCCAACAGUGUUUUGGACGAGGGUCUGUUUGAACAGCCACACACUCUGUCUGUCCUCCUGUUUGACUUGAAUCUGCCCUUAAAGGUGCUUGAAGAAAAGUAAAGAACUUAUUGAACUUCA